AUGCUAUGUGAUGUUUUGACAGGUGUUGCUAGACCCAUUGUUCCAGUCAAACACAGACGAGCUAUUUCUGACGCCCUCCUUGGACUUUCCCAUCCUGGAAUCAGGGCCACUCAAAAGCUCGUGACGGAACGUUUCGUUUGGCCAGCAUACCAUCUGACAGCCAAUGGGCUUGUUGAGCGUUUUCACAGGCAACUCAAAGCCUCUCUCAAGGCGCAUAACACAGUCCAUUGGACUGAGGUCCUUCCCUUGAUAUUGCUGGGUAUACGUACAGCUAUCGAGUCGGAUCUGGGAUUUUCCGCAGCAGAACUCGUCUUUGGUACUACGGUCAUGCUACCGGCCCAAUUUGUGUCUCCUUCACAGACUGACUCUGCUGGCGAUCCAAUUGAGAAGCUAACGCACAUGCUCGCAGAUCUGGGUUCUGCUGCAUCCUCUCAUUACGCGAGAGGUCUCUGCUCCAUGCCAAAUCUUCGAUCACUGGAUCUGAACAGCGUAGAGCUGAGCGAUAAGUUCUACUCAACGGUGGCCUCUGAGGCGUCGAAUUCAAAGAUUGAGAAGCUAACGCACAGGCACGCAGAUCUGGGUUCUGCUGCAUCCUCUCAUUACGCGAGAGGUCUCUGCUCCAUGCCAAAUCUUCGAUCACUGACUCUGGACCGUGUGAAGCUGAGUGAUGAGUUCUACUCAACGGUGGCCUCUGAGGCGUCGAAUUCAAAGAUUGAGGAGCUUAAGCAUUGGCACUCAGACCUGGGUUCUCAUGCAUCCUCUCAUUACGCGAGAGGUCUCUGCUCCAUGCCAAAUCUUCGAUCACUGUAUAUGCACGAUGUGAAGCUGAGUGAUGAGUACUACUCGACGAUGGCCUCUGAGGCAUCAAAAUUCAAAAUUGAGGAGCUAACGCACCGGAUCGCAGAUCUGGGUUCGGCUAUAUCCUCUCAUUACGCGAGAGGUAUCUGCUCCAUGCCAAAUCUUCGAUCACUGUUUAUGUACGAUGUGAAGCUGAGUGAUGAGUACUACUCGACGAUGGCCUCUGAGGCAUCAAAAUUCAAGGUUGAGAAGCUAACACACAUGGAAGCAGAUCUGGGUUCGACUGCAUCCUCUCAUUACGCGAGAGGUAUCUGCUCCAUGCCAAAUCUUCGAUCCCUGCAUCUGUACAGGGUGAAGCUGAGUGAUGAGUUCUACUCGAAGAUGGCCUCUGAGGCAUCAAAAUCAAAGGUAUACCAAACACUAUUUAAAUUGGAAACGAUUAGUUUCGAAAAGUAUUGCAUUCUUUAA